AUGGAGUCGAGUUUCUGUCACAUGUUAUCGGAACAUGAGUCAAAUUUCACACCAGCAACUCGACGUUUCUCCAUAGACAGCAGUCCCUCUGAUGCCUUGAGAAGCAUUGAACAAUCACAUAUUCGUUCGGUACUUACUUUCAACCAAGAAGAAUGGCCCAAGUCUUUUCUGAAAACAUUGAAUGGAAACUUUAAACUUCUGAAAGUAUUGGAUUUUGCAGAUGCUCCAAAAUAUCAACUUCUGAAAUACAUGGGAGAUUUGUAUCUUUUGAAGUACUUAAGCCUGAGGAAUACAAAGGUGAAGUUGCUCCCAGAUUCCGUAGGAAAUUUGCAAAACUUAGAGACCCUGGAUCUAAAACAGUGUCUAGUGUAUGAAAUACCUGCCAAGAUCAAUAAGCUUCUUAAGUUGAAAUGUCUUUUGGCCUACUAUUGUGAUAAGAGCAGAGACUUUAGCAUGACUUAUUACGAACGAGGAGUGAAGAUACAUGACGGUAUUGGAUGCUUACAAGCAUUGCAAAAGCUAUACCAUGUGGAGGCAAAUCAUGGAGGGAUUAACCUAAUCAAAGCAUUGGGAAAGUUAAGGCAGCUGAGGAAGUUGGGCCUACAAAACUUGAAAAGUGAAGAUGGAAGGGCUCUAUGUGCUUCUGUGGAAAACAUGAACCACCCUGAAUCUCUAGAAGUAAGUACAAUAAGUGAAGAUGAGAUCCUUGAUCUACAAUCCAUUUCAACUCCACCCCAAUUUAUCCGGCUUCUCUACUUGAAAGGGCAUCCGGAGAAGUUGCCAAGCUGGAUUUCACAGCUUCAGCACGUCGUCAAGCUACAGAUUUUUUGGUCAAGGCUGAGAGAUUCCCCAUUGAAAGCCCUUCAAAACCUUCCUCAUUUGUUGGAGCUUGGGUUCUCAUACAAGGCAUAUGAUGGUGUGCAGCUGCAUUUUGAGGGAGGCUUUGAAAAACUCAGGGUGUUAAAACUCAAGGACUUGAAGGUUUAA